ACCUGUGAGAGGCAACAGGGAGGGGCCACAGACUACUUCAAAAGUGAAUCUUUAUUUUGUAAAAGGAGGAACAAUAAGAGAAGGAAUGGACACCAUAUGCAUGUCAGAGUCAAUCUCAAACUGAGAGAGCGAGGAGAAAGACACCUUUUGAUGAUAGCCACUUAGAAACACCAGGAUUCAGGACCGACUGCAUAAUUAGCUACAAAAUCAAAGAGAGCUAAUUAAUGCAAGUAGGCAUCGAAAAACGUACCAUUCUUUGAUCAACAAACGUCUGCUAUGGCGCUUCUACGACUUCUUCUAGCAUUAUUGAUCGUUUUCAGUUCACCAUGCAAGGUUACAGCAUUAGAAGGAGAUAGUGCUGAAGUAGGCCUUGACUAUUCUUCAAAGUCAUCAGAAACUAGUACCUCAACCAAUGAUACCACUGCGACCAUCACUACAUUACCUAUUGUCAUCUGGAAAUGGCACCAUGUAGAAACUCCAUACCUGGUGGCCUUGUGGAUAUUGACCUGCUGGCUCUGUAAAUUAGUUGUUGAACUAAACCACAGUCUCACCAGUGUGAUCCCAGAGAGUGGUCUUCUCAUCAUGCUGGGCUUUAUUUUGGGAGGAAUCGUCUGGGGAGCAGACAAAGCGCAGACAUUCAAACUGAUCCCUGUCAAUUUCUUCUACUACUUGCUGCCUCAGAUUGUCUUGGAUGCCAGUUACUGCAUGCCAAACAAACUAUUCUUCAGCAACCUGGGUGCCAUUCUUGUCCAUGCCGUUAUCGGAACGUGUUGGAAUGCGGGCACGGUGGGCGUUGCUUUAUGGGCUUGCUAUGAAGGGGGUGCAAUGGGGACCUUGAACAUCGGCCCUCUGCAGUUCCUGUUGUUUGGUGCGCUGAUGUCCGCCGUGGAUCCUGUGGCUGUGAUUGCCGUGUUUGAGGAAGUGCAUGUGAAUGAAGUGCUCUACAUCCUAGUGUUUGGAGAGUCAUUGCUCAAUGAUGGCGUCACUGUGGUGCUUUAUAAUGUGUUUGAUGCAUUUGUGUCCCUGGGAGGGCCAAAGAUCAAUGCUGCAGAGAUCAUCAAAGGAAUAGUUUCGUUCUUUGUGGUGGCAUUUGGAGGCUCGCUUAUUGGUGUUGUGUUUGCCAUUCUGAUAUCCAUGCUGACCAGGGUCACCAAGAACGUCCAGGUCAUCGAAGCCGGCUUCAUCAUUGUGCUUGGCUACCUGUCUUACUUGACAGCUGAGAUGCUUUCCCUCUCUGCUAUACUUUCGAUCACUUUUUGUGGUGUCUGCUGUCAGAAGUAUGUCAACGCCAACAUGGAUGAGAGAUCGGUCACAACCUUACGUUAUUCCCUGAAGGUGCUGGCCAACGGCUCAGAGACCAUGAUCUUUGUCUUCCUGGGACUUUCGGCCAUUGAUAAAAACAUCUGGGUUUGGAACACUGGCUUCAUCCUCCUCACAAUUCUCUUCAUCAUUGUAUUCCGGUUCAUGGGUGUUUUCUUCCUUAACUGGGUCUUAAAUCAGUCUCGACUGAUUCCUAUUGAUAUCACUGACCAGAUUGUGAUGAGCUAUGGUGGUCUUCGAGGAGCAGUGGCAUAUGGACUCGCAGCCAUUUUAGAUGAGAAAAAGAUCCCAGAGAAGAAUCUGAUGCUUGGUACAACGCUCAUUGUGGUGUAUUUCACUGUCGUUCUUCAGGGAAUCACCAUGAAACCAUUUGUUCAAUGGCUGAAGGUUAAAAAGGCAACUCAGUCAGAUCUGACACUCAAUGGAAAAAUAAACAAUAGGACUUUUGAGCACAUUCUAACAGCAAUGGAGGACAUCUGUGGCCGAAUGGGAGAUAACUGGUGGACCAGACAUUGGAAACAUUUUGAAGAAAAGUAUGUCUGCUGGCUAUUAAUGAAAAGCGAUGCCAGAAAGCACAAUGACCAAAUCUUUAGUGCCUUCCACAAACUAAAUCUUGAGGAUGCCACAAACUAUGUCACUAAGGGUGAACGCAAAGGUUCGUUAGCUUUCAUUCGUAAUGAUGACAGUGCCUCUGUAGACUUCAAGAAGAAGCUUGCUUUAGAGUAUGCAGACAUCAUACCUGACAUCAUGGCUGACAUGUCAGAAUAUGAUUUUGACAUUGACAAUGUUCCAGUGAUGAAGAACCCGAUUCCAUCUGUAUCCCUGGAUAUCCAUGAGCAAGACAGGAAGAACAUGCCUAAUGACCUCAAUGCCCAUCAUCUACUAGAGCAGCACCUGUACAAGAGCAGAAGAUAUAACCGUCCCACGUACAGCCGCAGUCACUAUAAAGCCUCAGAGAAUCCAGAUGAAAUGCAGGAAAUCUUCCAGAGAACCAUGAGAAGCCGUCUUGAGUCCUUCAAAUCAGCUAAGAUGGGUGUCAACCCUGCUAAGAAACUCUCCAAACAUCCCAAGAAGGAUUCAACACAUAAGCCUAAUGGAAAGCCAGCGGACCCAAACAGAGCCCAUCCAUAUGGAGAUGAAGAUUUUGAGUUUUCCGCAGACAGCGCCUCUAGCAGUGACAUUGCUGGUCAUUUUUCCAGGAGAAGCACAAAUGCACUUGGAGCUGGUGUAGAUAAUCCAGCAUUCAUACCUGAGCUGGACACCUCUGCACCCAUGCGAAACCCACCCUGGCAAACAGAGACUGGGAACAACACGGCUGUGGCACCGUCCCAGAGAGCUCAGGGACGACUGCCCUGGACGCCCACCAACCUGAGACAUCUAGCACCGCUGAGUACCCGCUCCACAGACUCCUUCGCAAUGGCUGAUGCUUCAGUUGAUGAGGAGGCACCUGAGGAAAAGCCCGGAACACAUCAUACUAGAUUGUAAUCUGAUAUAUUUCCAUCCACCAACAUUAACCUGCCAAAAAUGUGAUUAGGUUAAUCCCUUCAUUUUAGGCUGUUAUUAUGUCAUGAGCCCAGAGAUGAGAGAAUCAUAGUGUUGAAUCAUAGUAUUCAUCAUAUAUCUUUAAAUAUAUAUAUAUAUAUAUGUAUAUACACAUGCAGUAGUAACUAAAGCAAGUUACUUCAAGUCAUGCUGCUGUGGUUCUGUUCUCUGAAAUGUUUUAUAUAAAAAACAUGAAGGGAAGAGAAUAAAUAUGGAUUUAGAUGAGAAAUUGUCAUUGAAGUACUUAUGUUUGUGGUUAUGGAAUGUUCUUAAGGGGUUUCUUUAUACAAGCCCACAAUGUUGUGGAAGCUAUUAUGGCACUUUUUCUUAUUGACACCAUGCUAGGAAAUUAGCAAAGCGUUCCUCCAACAUCAAACUCAAAA